AUGUUCAAGGCCAUCCUUCAAGGUUUUAACCUUGAUCGAUCGCCCGGUCAAGGUUCUCACCAUAAAUCGGUCAUCGUUAAACGUAUAUACAUAGACGUAUAUGCGCCAGGCCAACCCAUACGACCCAACCCUGGGUCGUAUGGGUUGGCCUGGGGCACAUCGCUCAAGGUUUUAACCUUGAACGAUGACCGAUCAAGGACCCAGGCCUGGGUCCUACGCGCUGACUCAAUCUCCGGGGGCGGGGUUCGGGUCCAUCCCCGCUUGCUGGGUUCCUCACCUCCCAUUCCUCCCCUCCUCCCAUCCAUUCCUACCCUUAACCACCACCUCACUACGACCGACUUGAAUACGAGACCCCGCCGGACCCCACGCGCCCUAUCGCACUCGCCGACCGACCCGACCGGACCCCAGAGCCCCCAAAACCCGUUCGGAGCAGGAGAAUCCACGCCCGCCCGAUUUCAAGCCGAUCCGACCCGAUCCGACCCGAUCCGAUCCGGCACCGAAAAAUUGUUACCUGGGGUCAAAAAUUAUAUCCAGCCAUGUGGAGAGGCCCAAGGCCCUAUGCAACUGAACGGCCCCCAUUUGCCCCAACUCCUCUCAACCAGCCGACCGACACCCCUAAUUUCAUCAACCCCCACCCUCAACCUGGAUAUGUCAACCGGGAAUGAUCAAUCACGUUUGGACCUCUACAUGAAGGCGCAGGAGCUGGAUAGUCACCCGGCAUUGAAACCUAAAGAGCAGGCGCACGUGAAAUGCCUCUUGGCACUUAUCAAGGCAGAUAUUGAGAAUUCGGAUGACGAGGAUGAAGAAGAGCACCAAAGUAGAGACAUUCCGAAUGAUCCACCCUUCUCGGCAAACAGUUUAGCCGGUGCUGGUGCGGCUCAUCAGAUCAGAGAUGAUGCAACAGGUCUUCCUGCUCCCAAUCACUCUCUUCGAUCAACCACACCCUCUGAUCGACCCCCUGUGGAUUUGUCCUUGCCAACCCGUCCCGACCUCAAUUGUCCAACACCGACCCGUGACAUCCAUCGGGAGGGCGACUAUUUUGCAUUGCCAAGUCCGAUCGGCCCCCCUCGCACCGCAUGUUCCUCGUUUGCUAAUUUCUCAAGGGUUGAUCCCCCAUCUGUUGUUGACAAUGGGUUACCAAACGUGCUCAACCCGGCCUAUGCAUACAUCUCUGAUGACCCGCCUCGCCGAAAGAAUGCCAAUGGAGAGACCUCUAUCUUGACAGCUGAAGGGGAUAAAUUAUACGAUUCAAUUAUGGCCUCAGUCAACAAGGAACAGCUACCUCCUCAGAAUAAUCCAGCCCCACCGGUGCCCACCCCUUCAAUCAAUAAACAAGUGCAGCCAGCCCCACCAAAACACCAGACGCAGCGUCGAGAGGUCAUUCACGAGCGACAAGAGAGGCGCCCAAACUACCGCUUUGACAAUGUCAGACUAGAGGGGGUUGAAGACAAUGACACCGCGCGGGGAAAAAGGAAUAGGAUUGAUGACUCUGAUGACGAUGCGGUUGUGGGAGGAGCCACCGGGAAGUCUACAAGAACCAGGAUUGAAGACUCUGAAGGCAACACGGACGCAGAGGGUUCUACCGAUGAAGAAUACGUCUCAAAAGAACAAACUUGCCAGGUUGCGGUCAUUCUGGACCAUGGAAUUGGUCGCCCAGCCCCCUUCAGACAAGGCCCACAGGCUGACCCCAGCCCACACGUUCAUCCGUUGUUGGACGAUUUUGCUUCGUGGGAUUUGUUGAGCAAGAUGAACAUUCCUCGGAGCCCAAUGCAGGGGGGGAGCAGGCAGCCUGCCAGCGGGCCAAGUAGAAAGGGGGCAGGUGGUGAAGGACCUCGUGGGCCUCAGUCGGCACGUGCUCCUUCUGUGGAACUCUUUGUCCCUGGUGUAGUUUUGCCAUCACAGGAGGUCAAUCGAUGGAACACUGAGCUUUCUGGUGGGAUCAAAUGGACACACCAAUCGACUCAAUCCUCCCUUGCGAAUAUCAAGUAUAUACUCGAGCAUUUGCCUCCCCUGAUUUCUGCACACGACGCGAUCCCUAAAGAUUGGAGUCAUCGGAUUUGGAUGGACAUUGAUCGAACAUCAAAGGCUUGUGAAACAGAGGAUAUACUCAAGACUGCGGGGAAUUUGUCUCUCAUCACGUCCGACAUGGUUAACCGGCAACCACACGGCGCGCUACUACCGCACUUGGCCAGCUUUUUUGCCCCUGGGAGAUUGGCAUAUAUUCGACUGCAAGCGGCAUUACAACAGACUUGGGCUAUGCAAAAGAUGACACAGAUGAAAGACACUUGGAUCCCUCAGGCCUUCGACAAUAGUAACAACGUGUAUACGGCCUACACCCAUCUCUGCGACGGGUACGAGAACAUGGGUGGGAAGUUGGGCGACAACUCUGCAUCAGAACCUGGCGUGAUGUUGUUAAUCCAGUAUUUCAUCGGGGCUUUGGCCGGUUUGGCCUACCUUUCUGGUGGCUGCAUUCCCAAACCAAAGCAGACAAAAAUUAAUGUGUACCGCACCAAGCACCACCUUCAUCAUGUCCAGAUGCUUGCAAAUCUCAUGAUUUUUGGUCCAACUGCAGCCUUCACUGCUUAUCGCAUGGGCCCUCACGUUACUCUUUCGAAUGCUCUUUCUUUGUUGGAGGUUGGUGCAAGUCUGCUCAAACAAAAAGUUGAUCACGGAAUCACGGCCCCAAUGCCUCACGCGAUUUUGGACAACCUUUGGCUUUAUUUCUUGAAAUUUAUCAUCAAGAUGGGUUUCACCAAUCUCAACGACGAAGGGGUCCCACAGGUGAAUUGGAAGGACGUGCAUGAGGCGUUCUACCAUGAGUUUGCAACACAUGUGAUAACACACAUGUUUGCACAAGACAUAGAAAUUGCUUUGGCUGAGAAGCGUUUUGGAGUUGAUUAA